AUGGCCGCUCAAGGCGAACCUCGCGCGGCAGGCAAUGUCUCCGCCAUUCCAGAACUCCUCGGAAUGAUUUUGCUCGAGACGGAUGAGGUCACACUCUUCGUCCUGCAAUCCGUCAACAGUACCUUCAACGCCAUCAUCACCACUUCGACAGCAAUCCAGAAGCGCAUGUGCCUCGUGUCGACCAGACUCCGAACACCAGUCACGUUUCCUCGCAGACAACCGCAUCAUCCGUGCCACGCACCCGUAUAG